GGUGCGCGGAAUUGGACUCGGCUCACGCCCACGCUCGCGCUCGGGCUCACGCUCAGGCUCCUAUUAAAACCACGAGUGGAAGUUUUCUUCCCCGUCACCGCCCGUCGUCCGUUUCUUCUCCUCGCCCCCUCCUCCUUAACAUAACAAUGGCUGUGCAGGCCCAGUACCCCUCCAAUCUCCUCUUCCACGAUAGAGGUGACCCGGAGAGGGCGGACAUGGACCUGCCCAAGCAGCAGCAUCAGCAGCAACACCAGCAGCAUCCGCAGCAGCUCGCCGGACUCUCGCCGGCGGUCUAUUUUGCCAGUGGCGGAGCCAGUGGGAAUCGGAGGAAGCGCGCCAGGGAGGCCAUGGCGCCGCCGCCGCCGGCCAAGGAGGAGUACAUCGGCCUGUUCGCGCAGCACUCGGCGCCCUUUUUGAACAUGGCGCAGCUCCACAGCAGCAGGGUCGCGGCGUCCCCGUCCCCUGCCCCUGCCUCUGUGACGCGCGUGUCCACGGGCCUCCGCCUGGCAUUGGAUGAGCAGCAGCAGAGACAGAUUAAUUCCUUGUGUUACCCGUCCUCGUCGUCGCCGCUCGUUCCCUUCUCCGAUGAGUUCGCCGGACAGAUGAAGCAGCACGGCGACGAGCUCGACAAAUUCGUCCGGGACCAGGGCGAGCAGCUCCGGCGGGCCAUCGCCGAUCGGAUGCGCCACCACAACCGGGCACUUCUGGUGGCGGCGGACAAGUCGGCCUCGCGCCGGCUACGGGAGAAGGCGCUGGAGGCGGAGCGCGAGGCGCGGCGCGGCGCCGAACUGGAGGAGCGGCUCGCGCGGCUACGCAACGAGGCGGCGGCGUGGCAGGCCAAGGCGCUCUCGGAGCAGGCCACCGCGGUGGGCCUUCACGCGCAGCUCCAGCAGGCCGCCUCCGCGGCGCGGGCAUCCUGCGAGGAGCUGGGCGGCGGCGACGCCGGCCCGGCCGAAUCGUGCUCGUCGGCGUACGUAGACCCUCGCCGCGCCGGGCCUGACCGCGGGUGCCACGGCUGCCACCUCGGGGCGGCCACGGUGGUGCUCCUGCCGUGCAGACAUCUGAGCCUGUGCCGUGACUGCUUCGCCGCCGGCGACAUGGACGUGGCCAUGGCGUGCCCUGUAUGCCAUUGCGUGAGGACCGGCAGCGUGGAGGCCAUCCUGUGUUGACAGAGCCGGCCUCGGGGCCAUCCCGUGUCCGAGCAAUGCGAAAGGCGCCAUAGCUUAUUCCGGAGAAUGGAAAAAUAGUCCUAAAAUGGAAACUUAGAUUCUUUCUUUCUUUCUUCGAGCUUUUGUUCAUAGUUUUUCUUAAUCCUUUUUUACUGCCGAGGAUUUACCCCUCGCCGUGUCCUCUAGGAGAAUUCAAUUGAUAUAAGUUCAUUGUUAAUA